GGAGAGAGAGAGAGAGAGGUAGAUGUGUGUGUGUCCUCAUGAAGGAAGAAUGAUCGGGACGUUUAGAGGUGUGUGCGCUCUGUUAUGGAUCCUUUCCCUGGGGGAGUGUAAGAUUUCAGAAUUCCAAGUGACCUGUGUGAUCUCCGAGGACUGCGUGCUGCCCUGCACAUUCACGCCCACCCGCAAUGUGCUCGUGCGCUGGUACAAACAGGAAGUGCUCGUACACAGCUUCCUGCCAUCAGAGGGCCAACAGGGGACCGACGGCAAGGUGUUGUUAUUCAAGGACCAGGUUGCCCACGGAAACGCCUCUCUCCUCCUGCAACACAGCUCCACUGCAGACAGGGGGCGCUACACGUGCCGGGUCAACUCCACCGUAGACGGCGAUGGAUCCAUAGUUAUCGUUAGAGUGGAAGCUCCCAUCAGUGACCUCAUCAUGAGCGUGACGUCCGAGAGGCACGUGCUGUGCGGGACCAAAGGGGUGUACCCUGACCCCUCCAUGCAGUGGGCUUAA